AUGGAUCUCGAACUGAAAGGCAAGACCGCCUUGAUCACCGGCGGAAGCAAGGGCAUAGGCAAGGCCAUCGCCAUGGCGCUUGCCGAGGAAGGUGUGGACGUCGCCAUAGCCGCCCGGUCACAGGACACACUGGACCAAGCAGCUGAGGAGAUAAGGUCGGCUACGGGGCGAAAGGUGGUUGCCAUCUCAGCCAAUACAACGAGUUGGGAUGAUGUCCAGAGGAUGGUGGAGACGACCGUCUCUGAACUUGGCGGAGUAGAUAUUCUGGUCAACAGUGCGGCAAUGGUCGGCGGGCAGGUGCGUGGCACGAUCGACGAUGCGGACGAGAAAGACCUGAUAGAAGACCUCGAUACUAAGGUGGUGGGGUACUUCAGGAGCAUCAAGGCGGUCGUGCCUCAUAUGCGCGCGAAGAAGUGGGGGCGCGUCAUAAGCAUCGGCGGCGUGUCGGCGCGCCAGUCCACGAUAUAUGGGCUUCGCAACGCGGCAGUAGUCCAUAUGACCAAGACGCUCUCGGACCAACUUGGCCCGGACGGGAUUACGCUGAAUGUCGUUCACCCCGGUCUGACGCUCACGGACACAAUAAAUGAGCGGUUGAAUAACCAGGCUACCGAACAGGGCGUGCCGCGCGAUGAGGUCAACGCCGAGGCGGGGAGGAACGUCGCCAUACGCAGGCUGGUAGCGCCCGAAGAACUCGCAUGGCUCACUGCGUAUCUCUGUUCUCCCAAGGCGGAGUGUGUCACCGGCGAGGUGAUAGCGGCGGGCGGUGGAGCCGUUGGCGCUGUCCACCAGUAG